CUAUUUUGAGCAAGCCUAACCAGCAAUUGUUUUGUUUGUACUUUAAUUUGAUUUUACAAUUUACUGUCGGCAACAAAUGGAGCAGCAACUGGAAAAAGUUUUGAGUGACAUUGCCACACAACAGGACACAGUGGGUGUGUUGCUGGCAAAUCGACAAGGCCUGUGCUUGGGUGUGAAGGGUAAUAUCAAUCCGAAUGUCUCAGGCGUGGGCACUGCAAUUUCCGAGCAGGUGGCCAAGCUGGAGCCCACCAAUAAUGUCCCAGCCAUCGUUUGUCUCUACAGUGGCACUAAACGCUGUGUCAUACAAAAGGAUGGCGAGAUAACUGGAAUUAUUUAUAAGCAGGCAACGACAGCAACAGCAGUAACAUCAGUUGGAAAUUAAGACAAAUCAUUAGACCAGGCAAGAGCAAAUUUCUUCCAAGCUGAAGCUGUAAUUUCAGUUGCGCUGUUAUAUUGUUUUAUACGUUUUUUUUUUAUAAACACAAACACAUUUAGCAUGUUUAUUCUU